UCUUUCUUGCUCCUUAUCUCCCUCCCUCCCUUACUUAUUAUACUUCCUCUACAAUUCCAUUGCUUCUUGAUAAACCUCUCUCUCUCUCUCUCCUCUUUCGAUCUCUUGUUCUUCGUCUCUCUUUCUCUCUCUAAGCAAUGCUUGGAAGCUAUAGAGAAGUUAUGUGGCCAAGACUUGUGGCCAACAAGAUCCUAAGGAAAAGCGUCGGGAGCAACAACUUCGUCGCUGAUUUCCCACCUGAUUCAGAUCAGAAGCUUCUAGAAGCUUCCGGAUUACUUGAUGAACGACCUUCUUUCACGUCUAAAUCAAUUCUACUCGAGCAACACAAAACCACGCAUCUUAACUACAAGGUUUUUGCAAGCACAUGGAACGUCGGUGGUAUUGUACCGGACGAUGGGCUUGACAUGGAUGAUUUAUUGGAAACACACAAAACACCGUGCGACAUAUACGUGCUUGGGUUUCAAGAGGUUGUGCCUCUUCGAGCUUCGAAUGUAUUGGGACCAGAUAACAAUAAGGUCUCUGCAAAAUGGAACUCUUUGAUAAGAGAGACUUUAAACAAGGGAGUAGCAGAACCUCAUCGAGACAAGGACGUGUCGGAAUCAAAGGGCACUAAUAGUAUUUCACAAGAUUUCAGAUGUAUCAUAAGUAAACAGAUGGUCGGAAUCUUGAUCACCGUUUGGGUCCGAGGUGAUCUCUGGCCAUAUAUCCGGCAUCCUAGCGUUUCAUGCGUUGGAUGCGGCAUCAUGGGUUGCUUAGGAAACAAGGGAUCGGUAUCGGUUAGGUUUCAGUUGCACGAAACGACCUUCUGUUUUGUUUGCUGCCAUCUAGCUUCCGGUGGCCGGGACCGAGAUGAAAGGCAGAGAAACUCCGAUGUUAAUGAGAUCUUAGCGAGAUCGAGUUUUCCUCGAGGCUCGUCUCUAGAUUUACCUAAAAAGAUUCUUGAUCACGAUCGAGUAAUUUUUCUGGGAGACUUGAAUUAUAGAAUUUCACUACCCGAGGAGAAGACAAGAUUAUUGGUGAAAAGCCAAGAAUGGAACAUCUUACUAGAAAAUGAUCAGCUAAGCAUGGAGAUCUUGAACGGCCAGAUUUUCAGAGGAUGGCAAGAAGGAAUUGUCAUGUUUGCUCCAACUUAUAAAUAUAUUCCAAAUUCGGAUUUAUAUUAUGGAUGCAUUACAUACCAAAAAGACGAGAAGAAACGAGCUCCUGCAUGGUGUGAUCGUAUAAUAUGGUACGGAAGUGGACUGAAGCAACAUGAAUAUGCAAGAGGAGAAACGAAGAUAUCUGAUCACAGACCUGUCAAAGCAAUAUUCACCGCAGAAGUUACUGUUAUACGGCGUGGUAAAAAGAUUCGUAAUUUAUUUUUCUCGGACAGAUUUGAAGAAACAAUUGACGUAGAUGCUAAAGACUUCUCGUGGAUAUCUACGUAGUUUUAUUAACCGGGGGGUGAGUGUUCAUGUAUAUAAUACACCCAACUAUAGUUAUAAGCUUAUUCAUAUAAUAGAGUCUUUGUUUUAUACAAUUUUGUUCUAAGCAUCUUGUAAUAAAAGAAUCUAUAAUAGAGGUUUUGUGAAAUAUUGAUUAAAUAUGCAAUC